CUCUCUGCUCCUCUCCGCCGCCUCCCCCACAAUCACCGGACACGGGAGCCCUCAUCCCGCCGGAGGCCGCCGCACAUCCCAGAACACAGAUGAUGGAUUGAUGGUUGAAACAAUUGAUUGUUGCUGUUUUUUUCUUGGCAAUCAAGAAUUGAGGAUGUAAUGCGUGGAUUGGAUUAUGUGAUGAGUUCAUCGCAUUGUUUUAUCUUGUGCUGGUGGGGUGAAAUGGUAACUAAUACGGAAGAAGAUCCAAAGCAAAAAUUACAGCCUCAACUGGUGAAGUUGGACAAAGGAUUCAAAUUGGCGGAACAGUGGGUUAAUAACAUGAGUAAAUCCUCAUAUGAUGAGAAAUCAACUCUAUUAGAAUUAGAAGGGCGGCCUUCUAGGCUUGGUAUUGGUGCAACAGUUCCAAAACAGUCCAAAGUUACGCAUUCAGAUAAUCCUGUUGAAAGAAAACUGCUUGCCAAGUUGCAUGCUGACAAAAGAAAAGUCGUCAAGAGGGAUGAGGAUUUCGUGCCAUCUGCAAAAGAUGGAAAUGUUGAUGAUGACAGCGAGGAAGAGGAGACGGAAAGUAAAACCAGAGCUUUUUCCAAGAAGAGACAUCUAAGUUUGACUUCACCCCUGAAUGCGAAAAAGAAGCAUAAAUAAUUGGCAUAAUGAGAGGUGCUGUAAAAGUUCUCCAAUACUCAGCUAUAAGUUUUGCUCACAUCCCAAGAUUUGCUGUUGGAAGAUGAUCCACCAGUUGAGAAGUUGAGUGACCACCUUUUAUUUUUCAUGGAAGAAGCUAUUUCAAGAAUGGUGGUGAAAUGGCGGAUCUGCAAUUGUUAACGCAUUGUUAUGUAGCAACUGCUUGUUUCAUUUUCUUUUUCCCUCUUUAAUUACUGUAAGCUGCUGUAAGAUUUGUAGCUUUGGGCAUUGAGAUGGGCAACUGCAUGUUUCAUUUUCUGUUUCCCUCUUUAAUUACUGUUAGCUGCUGUAAGAUUUGUAGCUUUGGGCAGUGAGAUGGGUUAUUCAGUCGGAUCUCGUAGAAACUACUCCUUCAGACAAUUCCUAUUUUCCCGAAUCUUAAUGUUAAUAGUACUAUAUUUUUGUUUUCAA